UAUAUGUAUAUUUUGAAAAUACUAUGCGCACAGAUCGCCUAUGUAUAAUUUCUGCUUAUACAUGUGCGUUGGUAUGCAUCCAUGCAUUACUGUAGAUAUGGAUAUGGAGUGCAAUUAAAAAAUAAUUUACAAUAUCAGAAAAUUCUUCUGUCGAUAGGAGGCGUAAAAUUGGUGUAAACAAAUAAAUCGUUCGAUUAAAAUUUUAAAUACGCUUGUAGUAAAAUCAUGGAUGAUUUAGGAAUAAGUACAAUAAGUACAGACAACCUCUGUAAAUUUUGCAACUCAAAAUCUAGAAUAUAUACUUGUCCCAAAUGUGGCAUGGGCUAUUGUAAUGUAGAUUGUUAUAAGUCCGAAGGUCAUUUAGAAUGUUCAGAGAGUUUUUAUAAAAAAUGUAUAGAAGAUGAGUUAAAGUCUCAAGAAAAAGAUCCAGAGAUCAGGAUAAAGAUGAUUGAAAUUCUUAAGAGGGUACAUGAAACGGAUCUCAAUGAUUUUGAUUCAGAAAAUGAUACUACAAGUGAUCAUGAAGAAGGUGAUGAAGAAUUAGGACAUUUGGAUUCGGAUGAUGAAGACGAUGUUCCAGAUCUAGAAAAACGAUUACACGAUGUAAACUUGGAUAAUGCAAACGAAGUGUGGUCGGUAUUAACAGAUUCUGAGAAACAAGAAUUUGAAGCUUUAAUAAAAAAUGGUGGAAUAGAGAAAUUAUUACCAAAGUGGGUCCCAUGGUGGACUUAUCGUACCGAGAAGAAGCUUGUACAAGACAUGGACGAAAAAGACAAUGAACAAGGAUUAUCCUCCAUGGAAUAUCCUCCUCUAAUCGAUGUUCCUAUAUUCAAUGAAUUGCAGAAAGCGUCUCCAAAUGUUUAUUUUAAUUUAAUAAAUGUGAUUUAUGCGUAUGCAUACAUGGCAAUUUAUUACAAUGGUGACUAUUCAAAUAGUACAGUAGAAGCUACAGUCAUCUUUCUUGAUCUUUGCGAUAACAUGAAACAGAAUAAAAUAUAUGAAAGUACAAAGUCAGCAAUAGCCGGUGUUGUCCACAACAUUGUCAAUUGUGAUUGGAUGCCACAAGAUGAAGGAAGUUUACUAGGUUUCAAGGAAGCAGCAAAUUCGAUAAUACAAGGUCCAGAAGAGAAAAAUAAAUAUUUCUACGUUGCAACUGCACUUUCUGAAUUACAUAGAUUACUAUUAGCAGCCAAGGAAGAAGUGUCCAAGCAGAAAAGUAAUGUUGAGAGUAAAGAAUUCUCGAAAAUAUUUUCGCAUAGAUAUAACACGAAUAAUAAUAUAAAUCUGUCAAAAAAGGCUCUCCUCUUGUGUUGUAAAAAGUUAGAAUACUAUUUGUCGUGGAUUAAAAGCUGUCAUGUAAAUAUAAAUACAUAAAUGGGUAUAAAUAAAAUGUUUGAAAUCAUUUUUAAA